GGGAGAGCGCUUGCCAGGCGAAAACCCACCACGUCCUGCAACACUGCCGUAAAGUAUUUUGAACAUUAAUGUUGAACUGGCAAAGCCGCUUGACGACUGGUUUUACCUUCGGAUUUUCGCAGAGUAAUUUGAUCGGGGUCGCCAUUAUUUUUGAGAUCGGUGGAGGAGAGGGACCUCGUGAUUAUUCAUCUUAUUGUAUGUCCAGGUGAGCAAAAGUUCAACUUCUCCGCUGUCCAGGUUUUACAGAUGUAUAAUUUUGGGGAGUAUGAGGAUAUGUCCAUUUCUCCAUACUGGACAAGGGUUAUGGUGAUUGCAGUUCGGUCCUUUCGGAGUUCUACCAUGCUCCAGGUAAGUCCAUGUGGGUUGUUGCGUCCGUCUUGGGCCAAAACUGUUCCUCAGUCCAAUCCCAGAUCUCCAAGAAUUCCCGGACCUCAGAGAAAAGGGAAAGUGAGGGACAGCCGAGAGAAGACCGCAAGAACAGGCAUGGAGUUGAACAUUGUUAAUAUCUUAAGUUACAACACUUGU